CAGAAGUUCCUAGCAAGCAGAGGUUGGCUUUCUCUGAAUUUAUGACAGGAUACAUCCCCCUUACAAGGCUACACACUUUACAACACAGCAUAGGGCAGUUGACUUUUGCAAGAUUGUCAUUCUGCUGAAAGAUUUGAAGAAAACCAUCUACUUUGAGGGCAAAGCCAGGUGCUUUGAGUUCACAACAUGAUAGAAAUCUGUUGUGUGGCUGCUGCUUUUAUAUUUUCGCUCUUCUGUGAAACAUGUGGUUUAGUAGUACCUCAUUCCACAGAGUUAUCAUCAUCAGCCAAUAACUCCACCAUCAUAAAGCCUGAUCUGAGCGCCCAGCUGGAUUCUGCAAAUAUUACCAAGGCCAGAAGAAAGCGUUAUAUUUCCCAAAAUGACAUGAUUGCUAUUCUAGACUACCAUAACCAAGUCAGAAGUAAAGUCUUCCCACCUGCAGCAAACAUGGAAUAUAUGGUGUGGGAUGAAAGCUUGGCAAAGUCAGCUGAAGCCUGGGCUGCCACAUGCAUUUGGGACCAUGGACCGCCCUACUUAAUGAGAUUCCUUGGUCAAAACCUCUCUGUGAGAACAGGAAGAUAUCAAUCUAUUUUACAACUAGUAAAACCAUGGUAUGAUGAAGUAAAGGACUAUGCAUUUCCAUAUCCUCAAGACUGCAACCCCAGAUGUCCUUUAAGAUGCUUUGGACCAAUGUGUACACAUUAUACCCAGAUGGUUUGGGCAACAACGAACAGGGUAGGCUGUGCGAUCAACACUUGUCACAACAUGAACGUCUGGGGUGCCGUAUGGAGAAGAGCUGUCUACUUAGUCUGCAACUAUUCACCCAAGGGAAACUGGAUUGGAGAAGCACCAUAUAAAGUUGGGGUUCCAUGUUCUGCAUGCCCACCCAGUUAUGGAGGCUCUUGUACAGAUAACCAAUGCUUUCCAGGAGUAACUUCAAACUACUUAUAUUGGUUUAAGUGAACUGAUCCAAUUCAGGAUAUUAUUUUCUUUGAAUGCAAAUUUUUGAAUGCUGUAAAUGUUUACAGUAGCAAAUGGGAAAUGUAGCGUGUUAGCUAAUUGUAAUAUCAGUGAUCAAGCUUAUCCAGAUACAAUCACUGAUCAGCAACAU